AUGUCUACCGAUACCGCUGAAAACCCGAUCGCCUCGACCGGAGCGAAGGCGGAGGAGCAGCAGGGUGGAAUGAAUGGAAAAGCCAGGCAUGAUUCCACCUCGAGGAAAGAGAGACCCGUGAAAAGAGGAGGAGGAGGAGGAGGUGGUGGGCGCUUUGAACCCUACUCUAAUAAGAGAUACCGCAUCUUUGUUAGCAACAUCCCCUACGAUGUUAAAUGGCAAGUGCUUAAAGACCUCAUAAAAGAGCAAGUGGGUGAGGUAACGUACGUGGAUCACUUAAUGGACGCGGAAGGCAAAUCAAGGGGUUGCGCUGUGGUUGAGUUUAAAACGGAAGAACUGAUGAAAAAGGCAGUGGAGAAAAUGAACCACUAUGAACUCAAUGGGAGACCCUUAAAAGUGAAAGCCGAUCCUGAUGGUUUUAUUACACAAAGGGAAAUGAACAAAGUCCAAGGUCCACCGGGAAUGAUGGGUGGAAUGGGAAGAAUGGAUCGUAUGGGCAUGGACCGCAUGGGCAUGGAUCGGAUGGGCAUGGAUCGGAUGGGCAUGGAUCGGAUGGGCAUGGAUCGGAUGGGCAUGGAUCGGAUGGGCAUGGAUCGCAUGGGCAUGGAUCGCAUGGGCAUGGAUCGGAUGGGAAUGGAUCGCAUGGGCAUGGACCGUAUGGAGCCAAUGGGACCUGGACCAAACAGCUCAAUGGUCAACAUACCUGCAAGUCUCAUGAAUAAUCCCAACAUCCCCAAUGAAAUCAUCCAUGGUCUGCAGGCUGGAAAAAUUGGCAACAGCAUCUUUGUGGCUAAUCUUGACUACAAAGUCAACUGGAAGAAGCUGAAGGAAGUCUUUUCAAUGGCUGGUGUUGUGUUGAGAGCUGACAUUCUGGAAGAUAAAGAUGGGAAGAGCAGAGGCAUGGGCACUGUGACCUUUGAAAUGCCUAUUGAAGCUGUUCAAGCUGUCUCUAUGUUAAACGGCCAAAUGCUUUUUAACCGCGUCAUGUAUGUUAAACUGGAUGAAAAGUCUAUGCCAAAAGACAUGGCACCACCUGAGAGACCCCCAGCUCUUCCCCGUGGUCUCAGUGGAGUUGGUAUGGGUCUGGGACCAGGAGGGCAACCCAUUGAUGCGACCCAAUUAAACAGAGGUGGUGGAGGAGGGGGUGGAAGUGGGAUGGGCAACAUGGGUCCUGGAGGUAUGGACGGAGUUGGCAUGGGCAGCAUGGGAAACCGUAUGGGAGGAAUGGACAGUUUUGGUGGAAUGAAUAACAUGGAUCGCUUUGGUUCCUCGGGAAUGGGAAGAAGGAAUGGGAAUUCCUCUGGGAUGGACCGCAUGAGCUCGGGAAUGGACCGUCUGGGGGGCAGCAUGGACCGAAUGUCUGGGAUGGGCAUGGACAGAAUGGAUCGUCUUUCUGAUCUAGACAGGCUUGGCUCUGGGUUUGACCGCAUGGGGUCUGGGAUGGACCGGCUUGGGCCCAGUAUGGACCGGCUUGGCCCAAGUAUUGACCGCAUGAGCUCCAGCAUGGAUCGUUUGGGUCCCUCUGGAUUUGAUCGCCUUGGUUCAUCAAGCCUUGACCGCAUUGGUUCAAGCCUCGAUUUUGGCUCCCCAAUGGGUCUGGAUCGCAUGAACAACUCUGGACUAGAGCGAAUGGGAAGCAGCUUUGACCGCAUGGGAUCUUCAGGGGGCCUGGAUCGCUUCUCCUCUGGCGGGCUCGAUCGCCUGGGUUCUGGCAUGGACAGGAUGGGAUCAGGGAGUGUGGGAGGUCAGUUUGAUCGCUCUGCUGACAUGGAUCGUGGAUUUGGUGGCAAUUCAUUCAGUGGAGCUGGGUCAUCUGCCUCUGGAGCCGGUGGCAAUCCCAGGGGAUGCCAGAUUUUUGUGCGCAACUUGCCCUUUGACUUCACGUGGAAGAUGCUUAAGGAUGCUUUCAAUACAUGCGGUAUGGUCCAGUAUGCUGAUAUUAAGCUGGAGAAUGGCAAGUCAAAGGGCUGUGGAGUGGUUCGUUUUGAUAGCCCUGAAUCUGCAGAGCGGGCUUGUCGCACCAUGAAUGGUUAUCGACUGAAUGGCAGAGAGAUUGAUGUCAGGAUGGAUAGAAAUGCAUAA